AUGGAGGUGGCCGCUAAUUGCUCGCUGCGGGUGAAGAGACCUCUGUUGGAUCCCCGCUUCGAGGGUUACAAACUCUCCCUCGAGCCGCUGCCCUGUUACGAGCUGGAACUAGAAGCAGCUGUGGCAGAAGUAAAACUUCGAGAUGAUCAAUACACACUGGAACACAUGCAUGCUUUUGGAAUGUAUAAUUACCUCCACUGUGAUUCAUGGUAUCAAGACAGUGUCUACUACAUUGAUAACCUUGGAAGAAUUAUGAAUUUAACAGUGAUGCUGGACACUGUCUUAGCAAGACCACGAGAGGUAUUUCGGCUUCCUACAGAUUUGACAGCGUACGAUAAUCGCCUUUGUGCAUCUAUCCAUUUCACAUCUUCUACCUGGGUCACCUUGUCAGAUGGAACUGGAAGAUUAUAUCUCAUUGCAACAGGCGAACGUGGAAAUAAUGCUUCUGAAAAAUGGGAGAUUGUGUAUAAUGAAGAACUAGGGAGUCCUUUUAUCCUAAUCCACAGCAUCUCAUUGCUGAAAGCUGAAGAGCAUUCAGUAGCUACCCUGCUUCUUCGAGUGGAGAAAGAAGAAUCGGACAUGAAAGGAAGUGGUUUCUUUGUUUCCUUGGAGUGGGUCACUAUCAGUAAGAAAAAUAAAGAUAAUAAAAAAUAUGAAAUUAUUAAACGUGAUAUUCUCCGUGGAAAGUCAGUGCCCCAUUAUGCUGCUAUUGAGCCGGAUGGGAAUGGUCUAAUGAUCGUCUCCUACAAGUCCUUCACAUUUGUUCCAGUUGGUCAAGAUGUUGAAGAAAAGAAGGAUGAAGAAAUGUCAGAUAAAAUCAAAGAGCCUCUGUAUUACUGGCAACAGACUGAAGAGGAUCUGACUGUCACAGUACGGCUUCCAGAAGACAGUACUAAGGAGGACAUUCAAGUACAGUUUUUGCCCGAUCAUGUUAAUGUUGUGCUGAAGGGUCAGAAGAUUUUGGAAGGAAAUCUCUAUUCAUCUGUUGAUCAUGAAAGCAGUACAUGGAUAAUUAAAGAAAAUAAUAGCUUGGAGAUUUCCUUGAUUAAGAAGAAUGAAGGACUGACUUGGCCAGAGCUAGUAGUUGGUGAUAAGCAAGGGGAAUUUAUAAGAGACCCAGCCCAAUGUGCUGCAAUAGCUGAACGGUUGAUGCAUUUGACCUCUGAACAACUGAAUCCAGAUCCUGAUAAAGGAAAACCUCCUUGUAAUGCUCAAGAGUUAGAAGAAUGUGAUAUUUUCUUUGAAGAGAGUUCCAGUUUGUGCAGAUUUGAUGGCAAUACAUUAAAAACUACUCAUGUGGUGAAUCUUGGAAGCAACCAGUACCUCUUCUCCGUCACAGUGGACCCUAAGGAGAUGCCCUGCUUCUGUCUGCGCCACGACGUGGACGCCCUGCUCUGGCAGCCGCACUCCAGCAAACAGGACGAGAUGUGGGAGCACAUCGCCACUUUCAAUGCCUUAGGCUAUGUCCAAGCAUCAAAGAGAGACAAAAAAUUUUUUGCCUGUGCUCCGAAUUACUCCUAUGCAGCCCUGUGUGAGUGCCUGCGUCGAGUGUUCAUCUACCGUCAGCCCACUCCCAUGUCCACUGUACUUUACAACAGAAAGGAAGGCAGGCAAGUCGGACAGGUUGCUAAGCAGCAAGUAGCAAGCCUAGAAACCAAUGAUCCUAUAGUAGGUUUUCAAGCAACAAACGAGAGAUUAUUUGUUCUGACCACCAGAAACCUCUUUCUAAUAAAGGUGCAAACGGAGAAGUAG